AUGACGAGCUCCCUCGAGGCAUUCCCUAGGUGCUGGCAGCCCCUCAACUGGAGCCGCUUCGACGAGGCUCUCCAGGACUUGGUUGUGGGCAAAGACCCCCUCGAGCUCGGCGCUCGGGCGGCCUAUUUGGGCAUCGUGCUCGACUCUCUCGAGACCUUUCGCCGCCAGCGACAGGGAGCCGUGGGCGGAGGAGCCCGGGGGGGCAGCAGCAGCAGCGGGGUGCCGCCGCUCCUGCUGGGCGCCGGCGGGGACAGGGACGGCCGCACCGCCCUAAAGCAGUGCGCCAAGUGGGCGGCCAGGGUGUGGGCUCACCGCCACGCCGGCGUGGCCGCAGGCGCCGCCGGGGGAAGAAAAUACGACGAGGAGAUCGUCAACACCCGCGUGUGCAUGACCGCGUCGCGAGCGCUGGCUGAGGCGCUGGAGGCUUUCCGGAUGGCGGCGGGGGAGCUUGAAGGGUGCCGUCUCGCGGCGGUGAUACUGGAGUCCGAAUCGGAGUCGAACGGGGGCAAGGAGGCCGCUCGGGGCCUGGCGGGGCUGAUGCGGUCUCUCUCCGGGAGGACGUUCUGCUCUGCCCUCGCCCGAGUGCUCCUGGAGAACAUGCCCGAGCAGCAGCAGCAGGGCGGCGGCGGCGUCGUGGAGGUGGAGAAGCUGAAAGCGUUGCUCCGACGGCAGGCUGCUGUUCCGAUAGGGGUGGUGUCGGCCGGUGGUAGUCGCCGCGGCUGCAGGGCGAAGGUUGUGGGCGGCGGCGCAGGUAGCGCGAUGCUGUUCGCGGACAUGGACGCGGAAAGCAACUAGGAAUAUAUACGAAGUAGUUUGUGUAGAGAAGGCGUGCCCGCAGGGCGUUCUGAUCGGGCAUCGUUUGUGUGUCAACGUGGACCUAUUUGUGUGUCUGUAGCCUUUGCGGUGCCUUGUAAUCUUACGUUCUUGUUGGGCAAGGUAUUUUUUUCGGACCAAGUGGGUAUCAUCAAAGGAGGUGGUUGCAGGAGAGCGGAAGCCUUAAUUCUUAACGAGGACGGCAGGCGUGAAAGGGUGUGUUUCGUGCAAGAUUGAUUGAAAAAUGAGUCGUGACAUCUCGCAGACGCCUCAGACUGGGGUGUGAUGAAAUUGGACUCUCCUUCUUAGCUGUUGCGACUGCGGCUGGACAAGUUGUGGGUUGGUACGGCAGGGUGCAGAAACGGGCCUGAGAGACAGACAGCUGUGCUCUCACCUCGCCGCCAAUGUUGGAGGAAGUCGUCAGAUUUGUUAGAAAGGUUUGCUCAACAACAGAAUUUUGUCAGUGUGUCGUUCUUCUCUCGCUGCUUCAUGAUACUGGGAACCGGGCUGUAUGAAGUCAGGGGUCCGGGUGACGUGCAAGUUCGCAACUUGUUUCAUUCUGCCUAAUUGUUGUUUACAAUAGAAGAGAGCGGGCGUUCGG